CAUAGACAGAUUUUUAUUCGGUGUAUUUAGAAUAAUUAAAUAUUCCUUAUUAAUUAAUUAGAAUAUAAAUAAUUUAACUUUUUAUAAUACAUAAAAGACAAAAAAAGUAAACUUUAGAAAAAUAAAAACCUACUCAUAACAAUGUUUAGCUUUUUAUUAGAUUUUAUUUUAAAUCUUCCGAUUUACUUUUGGACACCAGCAGUAAUUACAGCAUUAAUAUUCAUAGUCAGUGUGACAUAUGCGAUCCUUUUUUAAAGAAGAAAGAAAACGAAGGUUUUUAAUCCAGAUGAAUUUACUGCUGCUAAGCAUUAAUUUGAAAGUAUUAAAACAAAGGGAAUUUAUUUUUGUAAUGUUUGUAAUUAGCUUAUAGCUGGAUUUUGGAGCAUUAAUGGACAAGAAUGUAUAAAAUGUGGAAUGAUUGUCCAUUAAACUUGUAAAUACAAAAAGAAAAUUCAUUGCAAAAAAGUAACUACCUCAGAAAUAAGAGAUUAACAUUAAUGGCUUGAAUAGGUAGAUAGCACAGAUUACUGUUUUAUCUGCUAAAUUAAGUGUUAGAACAUAAUUGGAGGACUUAGUUCUACCUGUAUGUGGUGUAGGAGAGCUGUUCAUCAUUCUUGUAUGCAAACUUUCAUACUUUAAGAUUGCCACUUUGGAGAACUUUAUGAUGUAAUCAUCUAGCCAACAGAGAUAAAAUACCGCAAAUAAUAGAAGGCAGUUUAAUUAAAAUACUUCAAGAAGAAUUAAAAUAAAGUCAAGUAAUCUUUCUCUUAGAAGCUCAUCUCUAAUUUCUAGUCUUAGAAGAAGAAGAUAAAUGAUAGUAGUGAAGAUACUGAGACAGAUACUGAAUACCUAAGAUAAGGAGAAGAUAAAUGGAUUUUAAAUGUAAAUGAAAAUAAAAGACCUAUCAUUGUAGUUAUUAACAAAAAAUCAGGAGGUCAGCUUGGAAUGGAUUACUUGAAGAAGUUUUACAAACUACUUAAUCCUAUUCAAGUAAUAGAUUUAAUAGAUGAAGGAUUAGACAGAUUAAAGAUUUUCAGACAUUAAUAGAAGUUAUGUAUAGUAGUGGGAGGUGGUGAUGGAACUGUUGCUAGUGUAGUUAAUUACAUUAAAAGUGGAGAAAUUAAAGAAUGGCAGUACAAAAAUCCUCCAAUUUCAGUCCUGCCAUUAGGUACAGGCAACGAUCUUGGUAGGUGUCUUGGAUGGGGUGGAGGCUCUGAGGGCGCUUCCAGACUUGUGACAUACUUAAAAUAGGUCGACUAACAAGGUCAAAAGAUAUUGCUAGAUAGGUGGGAUAUAUCAUGUGACUAAGAGUGUCUUUAUAAAUAAAAAAAUAUCACAAUGUAUAACUAUUUCUCUAUUGGCCUUGAUGCCAAAACAUGCUUAAGCUUCCACAAAUUACGUGAGAGAUAGCCAGGCUUGUUUGUAAGCAGGGUAGGAAAUAAAUUUAUCUACUCAUAAAUAGGAGCAGCUGAUAUGAUAUUAGGUAGAAAAGUAGAUUUUUCAUAGUUAUGCGAAAUAAAAGUUGAUGGAAAAAAUGUUGAUAUUCCUGAAGGUAUAUAAAACUUAGUUUUUCUAAAUAUUACAAGCUGGGCUGGAGGAGCUACUAAUCUAUGGUAUUCAGAAUCUAGCUAGUUUAAAAAACAAAGUUUAAUGGAUGGAGUUAUCGAGAUUAUUGGCAUUACAUCUAUUUUGCAUCUUGGAAAAGUUCAAACAAAUAUUGACAAGCCAAUCUAGAUUGCAUAAGGUUCAGAAGUAGAGUUAAUUGUCAAAUAGGAUGAUUACAAAUAGGCCUUUUAAAUUGAUGGUGAGCCAUUCGAGUUGAAGACUCCUGUUAAAUUUAAAAUUACUCUAAAAGAUCAAGCUGUUAUGAUGACUCACAGACACCAAUAAUCAUUGCAGUUUGAUGCAUAAAUCUUAGAAGUAUUAAAUUGGGCUACUACUAAUGGACAUAUUGAUGAAUCUCAAAAAAAUAUCAUUUUAAAUAAAUUUUUAAAUAAAUGAAAAUAUAUUUAAGCAUUUUUCAAAAGCUUAAUAUUUAAUGAAUUUUUGUUUUAUUUUAAAUAUUUUACUUCUACAUUUAUUAUGUUACAAUAACAAACUAAAGAUUAAUUAAUAUA